AUGACAUUCCCGAAUGACUCGAUUGCGAGAUUCGAGAGAGAAGUUGAUACUAAAUAUCUGGUAUUCCCUCAAGGCAGCAACGUUCAACUCGUCUACUGCUUGACCAUCGGUACACUCACGAAGCCAGCAGGAAUGUACACCAUCAGCAUUACUGCCGGACUGGCGUGGGAACUACCCUAUAGAAAUAGCGUGCCAUACAGGAAGUCGGCCGAGGUUUAUCAUCGUCGAAGCAGAAGGGAGCUAUAUCGUAAAAUAGAGCUAAUGCUGAGAACGCAGCAGAAGGACGGCAAGGCGUGCGUCCUCAAGGCGAUCUGCCGGGCGGCCAGGCGGACGCGCGAAGACGUCGGCAAGGGGAGCUUCCUCGAGGAGAUCCUUCACGUUAUAUUCACCCUCCCCGGGGGACGAUACGACAUCGAUCCGAUGACCGAGUACGAGCGAACUUAUCACUUGGGUGAGAAUUGCGAGGAGGUGCACGCCAAGUGUCCGGAUGUCUUCUGA